UCGGCGGAGAAACAGGAAGCGUUACCGCAGGGAGAGAGAGCGAGAGAGGGAGGUGGAGUGGGGCGCAUGAAUGAAACGGGCAGGCCGUGAAACGCUGCCAUCUCUCAAAUCAGGACAGCACUGACCACGGCUGGGAUGUGGGCGGCAUUAUGAGCGUGAAAGCUUUUGAGCUGGUUCCCGCCGUGGAGCGGGAACAAGUGAUGGGCGAAAAGCUGCGGAUAAACAUCGAAUGCAUCGAGUGCUGCGGCGUACAUCUGUACCUUGGCACCAAUGACUGCUUCAUCCAUCACUUCCUACUAGAGGAGCGCACUACAUCCAAAGGUAAGCUGGCCUACAAUGCCCAGAAGCUCCUCCACAAAUACCUGGGCCUGAAGAAGCCAGUGGCAGAGCUGAAGGCUGCCUCUGCUUUAGAACGUCUAAUCGUCCUCUGUGACUCAACCAUCACUGUUGUGGACAUGGUUACUCUGGAGCCUUUGCCCACCGGGGGCACAAAGCUCAAAGGUGUGACUGCGUUUUGCAUCAAUGAGAAUCCAGUGAAGGGGGACGCGUUCUGUGUGGAAAUGGCAGUGGUUUUGGCACGCAGACGGGCCGUCCAGAUCUGUACGGUCCAUGAGGACAGAGUGCAGAUGUUAAAGGAAGUGACCACACCAGAGCAGCCCUGUGCCCUGAGCCUGGACGGAUACAAUAUCUGUCUAGCUCUGUCCACGCAGUAUAUGAUUCUCAACUACAGCACAGGAGCCUCUCAGGACCUGUUCCCUUACGACUGUGAAGAAAGGAAACCCAUUGUUAAGAGGAUUGGCCGGGAAGAGUUUCUCCUGGCUGCUCCAGGCGGGCUUGGGAUGUUUGCUAACGCAGAGGGCAUAUCUCAGCGUGCUCCGGUCAGCUGGUCAGAGAGCGUGAUUGCGGCGGCUGUGUGUUUCCCAUAUGUGGUCGCACUGGAUGAAGGCUUUGUGACAGUUCACAGCAUGUUGGACCAGCAGCUCAAACAGACUCUGUCAUUCAGAGAUGGACACCUUCUACAGGAUUUUGAAGGUAAGGUGGUGUUGGCCUCUUCAAAAGCGGUGUAUAUACUGGUUCCUCUCCCUCUGGAGCGUCAGAUCCAAGACCUGUUGGCAAGCCAUCGAGUUGAAGAGGCCCUGACCCUCACCGAGGCAGCACAGAGAAACAUUCCCAAAGAAAAAUAUCAGAUAUUGCACAAAAGAAUUCUCCAACAAGCAGGAUUCAUCCAAUUUGGCCAGCUUCAGUUUUUAGAAGCAAAAGAACAUUUUAGGAAAGGACAGCUGGAUGUACGGGAGCUGAUCUCUCUUUAUCCUCUGCUCCUUCCUGCCUCUUCCUCGUUCACACGUUGCCAUCCACCACUUCAUGAAUUUGCUGACUUGAACCACCUGACACAAGGGGACCAGGAGAAGGUACAGCACUUCAAACGUUUCCUCAUUAGCUACCUGCACGAGGUGCGCAGCAGCGACAGUGCUAAUGGUUUCCGUGAAGACGUAGAUACGGCAUUGCUGAAGCUCUACGCAGAGACCGGCCAUGAGAGUCUUCUGGACUUGCUAGCCUCCGAUAACGCCUGUCUCCUGGCAGACAGCGCCCCCUGGCUGGAGAAGCAUCACAAGUAUUUUGCUCUUGGGCUUCUAUAUCACUAUAAUGGUCAAGAUUCUGCUGCUUUACAGAUGUGGGUGAAGAUCGUCAGCGGAGAUCUCCAGGACUCAACACGACCAGAUCUGUUUGAAUAUGUUGUAGAUUUUCUUAGUUUUUGCUCCAACCUUGAUCUUGUGUGGCGGCAUGCAGCCUGGGCACUACAGAAGGAUCAGAAGAUUAGUGUCCAGAUCUUCACCAAACGGCCUACCUCAGAGGAGAAGACGGGCCAGUUAAACCCAGAUGACGUGAUCACGUAUUUGCAGAAGCACAGUCAAGCCCUGCUGCUCUACCUGGAGCACCUUGUUCUUGAGAAGAGAUUGCAGAACGAGAAGUAUCACACACAUCUGGCUGUGCUGUAUGCAGACAGAGUGCUGGGUCUGAUCUCACGACCAUCAGCCACUGAUGACCAGCUGUCUGCUGCCCGCCAGAAACUACAACGGUUACUGAAAGAGUCUAAUCUGUACAGGGUCCAGUUACUAUUAGGUAAAAUUCAGGACUCCGAGAUGCUGCUGCUUGAGCGAGCUACACUACAUGGGAAGUUAGAGGAACAUGACAAGGCCUUGCACAUUCUAGUGCACCAGCUCAAAGACUCGGCUGCAGCUGAGGAAUACUGCUCUUGGUCCUCUGCGUCUCAUGACCAGUCCUACCGUCAGAACCUUUUCCACCAACUCUUGAGUGUUUACUUGGAAACGGAUGUACCGGGAGGGGCACAAACAGUAGCUGCCGUUGACUUGCUUAACCGGCACGCUGAAGUUUUUGAUGCAUUGCGUGUGUUAAAGCUGCUCCCAGAAGUGUGGUCUCUGCCGUUACUCCGUCCUUUCCUGUGCGGGGCGCUGAGGGCCAGUGUGCAUGCACGGUGCACUUCCCAGAUUGCAGUGGGGCUGGCCAGAACACAAAACCUUCAGCUUCAGCAUGACAGGCUAAAGUAUCGAGGCGGCCCAAUAUUAGUGUCUGAAAAGAAAGGAUGCCAGCUGUGCCACAAUACCUUUAGCGAGCCAGACUGCGCCUGCUUGCCCGGCGGAACGCCUGUUCACAUUCACUGUGUCGCCAAGAAAGCCCUGAACUUACCAGUAGAGCACCAACACGAAAAUGCCCACCGCAGCAACCACACAUGAAGCUGAUCAGUACCAUGGGGCAGUCGACACAUGCUGGCGUCACACCUGUACCGCGCACACGGGGAGAAAGCUGAGUGCAUAGAGCACCAGUUCAGAGCCCACGCCAGCGCUCUUGGUGCGACCAGGACCUGCUUUCUCUGUGUGUGAGGAGUCAGUCAGCAAAUGAGUGUGUGGAUGUCUGAAAUACUAUUUAUUCCAUAAUCCCUCUGUGUGUACACACAACACUGACAAUGAAUAUGAGUAUAUUUUAAUGUCAAACAAAACUCUAAAGAAAAUCUGACAUUGUCUUUUGGUUGGUCUUUUUAGCAUUGCCUUAUGAUGACUGGUCCAGUGGCUGUCUUUAAAUGGAUGGUGUUCAUAAUAACUAUUGUUUGCAAGCUGUUUGGGGUCAAAAUACUAGUGUCUUGACUGUCUGUUCUCUGUGAGCAGAAUUAUCAAAAAUUAGUUUGUGGUCGAUGUUCUCAGAGAGUGACAGGUUAUAUAUAGCCUUAAGUGAUUAAAUCGCAAUUCAUUUAAUAUAAGGGAGAAAUGCUCAAAAAAGACAAUGUUUUCAUAAUUUCAUUAUGAAUAUGGUUUGUGGUCAUCAUAGCCAUUUUAAACCAUUUAAUAGAGAUAAAAAGGGAAGAGUUUCCAUGUUCAUUUAUAGUCCGAUCUGGAAAAAACUUCAAAUUUACAUCAAAGUGUUAUGUAAGAUUCUACAAUGAAAGUUUAUGAAUAAUAAGCACAACCCAAGAAAGAUUUUCAUGUGUGUGUGUCUCUCUCUCCCUCAUUUCCCCGUCGAAAGUUGAUUUGGCUUGAUAUUUCCCUUUGAAGUCAAGUUUAAGUGAUAUUUAGUAAAAUUGUAGCUCUAUCAAACAAACACAGCACAGCCUGAGUCCAUUGGUUUGUGUACAUGUUAUAACUAAAUGCUAAAAUGCAUAUAUUACAUCCAAACUGUUCGUUUCUCAUAUGCAUGUGGUGAUAUGGGCAGGGCAUGUUUUAAGAAUGCUAAGCUGAGAUUUUAAUGCUCAAAAAAUGUUUUAACAUGAUCAAUUAUUUGUGAUUUUUAGGGAAGCAUGGUAACAAAUAGCUGCGGAAGGUUUUGCCUGAGAAUAAUCUUUAACCUCAUAUUUGAAUAAGUAUUUGAAAAAUACUUUGUCUGUGAAAGUGAAAAUAGUGGGAUUUUUAAAGGUAGAAUAAGUGAAGGGCGGGGGGGGGAGCACAGAUUAAACACUGCCUACUUAAUAUAAAUACGUAAAAUAAUAUCGGCUACGAUGAGGGAAAGGCAGGAUGACUAUUUGCCUUGAGAUGUUUUUACAGAAACGGUUUAUACUGGUCACUGCUACAAGGAUGAUGGUUAAUUCUAUUCAAAAAAUUGUUCCACAGUUAAAUACAUAAAUUACUUUGGGUAUCGUACACAAUAUCUUGGUUUGUGAAUCCGACAUAUGCCUGUGUAGUAAAGUUCCAUUCGUCAUAUGUGCAACCAAAUCGUUCCUUAUCUAAAGAGAGAUUGAACAUUUUUCAGCUUGAGCAAUUAUAAAUGGAAACCUUCUACGUUGCUACAUCUCUUUAUAUCCUCUUAAAGUAUUUUAUACAUAUAAAUAUACAUAGAUGCUGGUGUGUACAUACUGUAUUAUUAACGGUUUGUUGCUUUGUAAAUCAAUGCCAGUGUGGGUGGAAUGUACAGAAUGUAAAGACGUCCAUUUUAAUAAACAAGACUAUGCCUACAUAAA